CGGCGGCACUGAGGGAGUGCGCGGCGGAGUGGGGGAUGAGCGCGGCGGGGUGGGCGCAAGGCGCGGAGUGCGCGCCGGCGGAGACGAUCACGUGCGACGAGAACGGCAUGGUCACACAGCUGCACCUGAAUUCAAAGGAACUCACCGGCUCCAUCCCCCUCGCCCUCACCGCGCUCUCCCACCUGCAAUUGCUGGAUCUGCAGUCCAACAGUCUCUCCGGCCCUGUGGCCCCCGCCCUCUCCGCCCUCCGCCUGCACACCCUGAGGCUGAGCGACAACAACCUCACGGGUCCGGUCUUCACCAUCAUUGCAAGCAUGCAAUCGCUCAUCGACCUGGAGCUGUACAGCAACAGCUUCACGGGCCCCGUUCCAUGCACUGUCUCGCGCCUGCACCGACUGUCGCAUCUUCAGAUGAGUUUUAACGACUUUCACGGCCCGCUGCCACAACCCUUCACCCACCUCACCGCUCUCGCAACCCUGAGCAUGGCAAAGACGGGCCUCUCAGGCCCGCUGCUCGGUGACAUCACUGCACUCUCUGCCCUUCAAUCCCUGCAAUGCGUGUGUGUGUGCCACACGUCCCUUGUAUCGUAUGCACAUGCUUGCAUUGCAUGUGUCAUUGACACCAUCAGCGACGCAACGGGCAACAACAUCUCAGGAAGCAUCCCCAGCACCAUAACUGCCCUCUCCCGCCUCGUAUACCUGUCCCUGGGUCAGAACCCCCUACUCUCGGGUUCACUGCCGCGCGCCCUCUCUCGCCUCACCACGCUCAAAGAGCUUACGUUGGACGGCACAAACAUUUCAGGCGAGCUGCCUCGCUUCCUCACUGCCCUCACCCGGCUCGACUCCUUUAACGUGCUCGACACGAAGAUCAACGGAACCAUGCCCGCCACUUAUGGAUCCUUGAAGCUUAGCUCCUUUGGUUUUGCAGGGCUAACUUGCCCAAUGGACUACACCAGCUGUGAAAUCAAUCAGAACCGUUCAUCCAAGUUUUGCACCUUCUGCUCAUCGUUCUGCUCCACGUGUAUUCCUAUCAACG